UCCCAGAUAUUUUAUUUUUCUUUUCAUUUUUCUGCUAAAUAUCUCUAGUUCAUUCUCUUAUCCAAAAUAUAUAAUGUAUAUGAAUAUGAUACCAACUAUCUUAGAAACCAAUCUCCCAAAGAACUAACCAGAUAUUUUGUUGAUACAACCAUGGCAUGUUCAUGUUCACGAACUCCAAUCUCUGCUAUAUCUUUCGCCAGCACAACACUGCCCAAAGAAGUUUUUUAUUCUUCUUCUUCACCUUCCAUUUUAAACCCCAGAGCCAUGGCCAAAGAGGUUUACUUUAACCGUGAUGGUUCUGCUACUAGGAAGCUCCAGGCUGGUGCGGACUUGGUGGCCGAGCUUAUAGGGGUAACCUUGGGUCCAAAGGGAAGGAAUGUAGUGUUGCAGAACAAGUAUGGACCUCCCAAGAUUGUUAAUGAUGGAGAAACUGUUCUCAAACAGAUUGAAUUGGAGGAUCCUCUGGAGAAUGUUGGAGUUAAAUUGAUUAGACAAGCUGGUGCCAGAACAAAUGACCUUGCUGGUGAUGGUUGCACUACAUCUAUAAUUCUUUCUCAUGGUUUAAUCACCGAAGGUGUAAAGGUGAUUGCAGCUGGCAUGAAUCCUGUUCAAAUUGCUCGUGGUAUUGAGCAGACUUCAAAGGCCCUUGUGUCUGAACUCAAAUUGAUGUCAAGAGAGGUUGAGGAUAAUGAGCUCGCAGAUGUUGCUGCAGUUAGUGCAGGGAAUGAUUAUACAGUGGGAAACAUGAUUUCUGAUGCUCUUGAACAAGUAGGGAGAAAGGGUGUAGUUACAAUUGAAAAAGGAAAGUGUACUGAAAACAGUCUACAAAUUGUAGAAGGAAUGCACUUUGAUCGUGGAUAUUUGUCCCCUCAUUUUGUAACUGAUCAACAAAAGAUGACAGUGGAGUUCCACAAUUGCAAGUUACUUUUGGUUGAUGGAAGAAUCACAAAUCCAAAGGACAUGUUUAAGAUAUUGGACAGUGCAGUGAAAGAGAAGUAUCCAGUUGUGAUAGUUGCUGAGCUCAUUGAGCAGCAAGCCCUGGCUCUAUUAAUUAGGAACAAACUCAAAGGUGUGUUGAAAGCAGCAGCUAUCAAAGCUCCUGCCUUCAAUGAACGGAAGAGCCACUGCUUAGAUGACAUUGCUGUCUUGACUGGAGGCACUGUGAUCAGAGAUGCGAUGGGGCUGACAGUAGAUAAAGCUGGCAAGGAGGUCCUGGGCACUGCUGUUAAGGUGGUGAUAACAAAGCAUUCUACAUUAAUAGUUACAGAUGGGAGCACUCGGGGAGCUGUUGAGAAGAGGGUAUCUGAAAUCCAAGGCCUAGUUGAGAAUACUGAAGAAAAAUUCCCGAAGAAGAUACUAAAAGAAAGGAUAGCAAGGCUGUCGGGCAGGAUUGCUAUUCUUCAGGUAGGAGCACAAACAGUAGUUGAGUUGAAGGAUAAGCAACUCAGAAUUGAAGAUGCUCUAAAUGCAACCAAGGCAGCAAUUGAGGAAGGUGUUGUGGUAGGUGGUGGCUGUAGCCUCUUGAGGCUAUCGACAAAGGUGGAAAGUAUAAAAAGACUUUUGGAAAAUGAAGAACAGAAGAUUGGAGCUGAGAUUUUCAAGAGAGCAUUGAGCUAUCCGACAAGAUUAAUAGCCAAAAAUGCUGGUGUCAAUGGCAAUCUUGUUGUUGAGAAGGUCCUAUCUAAUGAUGAUCCAAAGUAUGGUUACAAUGCUGCAAAAAACUGCUAUGAAGAUUUGAUGGCAGCAGGAAUUAUUGAUCCGACUAAGGUCGUUAGAUGUUGUCUAGAGCAUGCAGCAUCUGUGGCAAAGACUUUUCUGACAUCCGAUGCUGUUGUUGUGGACAUUAAGGAAUCAGUGCCCAUGCAAAGAAGAAAAUCCUUUUUAACCCCUGCUAACCCUCUCCCUUCCCAGCAAAUGCUGCCCACAGUUGAACAAAGGAGAAAAUCUAUGCGAACCUCACCUAACCCUGCUCUCUUUGCCAAGCAAAUGCUGUCCACUGAUCAACAAAUCCGUGAGAGGAAACCGAUGCCCAACCUCAUCUAAUUCUCUCUUUGCCAAACAAAUUAUGCCUGCUUAUCAACAAAGGAUGCACAUUAAAAUCAACCCUUUGUUAAGUUACCACAUCAACAUGGAGAAAAGUUACAUGAAUUACUAUUGUCACUCAUUCGGGUGGAGACCAUUGGAUUUUCGGGCAGGCUAUUACAACUCUUUCUCAUCCCUUCAUAAGUUAAAGGAGUCACCAAUGAUUAAAGGAUUAUGCCGCUUUUCUUCUUAUAAAAGAAUGGUAUAGAUGAUCAAUGUCAAAGUAAGAAAUUGCCGGAAAAUUCCCGGUGGGAAAGGAAGUAUGGUCUGAGAAGGGAAAUGCUCCAAGAUAAGUUGGUUGUCUUCUUAACUAAGUUGUCAAACUGUAAUGUUUUUGCUUGUACAGAAUAAAAAAAUUGGCCCAUGAUUUCCUUGCAAUAUUAGAAUAGACAGAAUUGCUAUCAUGCUCAUGGUGAAACUGGGGCUGACAUGAGUCAUAACAUGUCCAGAAAGCUGAGAGCAAAAGAAGAUAGAUUGGGUAUGACGAAUUAUUUUGGUCUACACAUUACAGGGGUGGGGGAGAGCCAUCAACUCCACUUGCGGCAUCGGUGGAGUCCAACAGUGGGAAGAUAAGUUACUGGAACUAGAAAUUUAUGCAACUUUCCCCACCCUAUCAUAACAAAAAUCAUGGCCAACUCAUUCCUUCAUCCUCUCAAUUACCAUCUGGGCCGAUGAGAACAUCCAGCAAUUUUGAAACAACUUUAUAACCAAAUAACAUAGAUUUUUUUACAAUUAAAAAAUGAAAACUUCUUUGAUUACCCCAUUCGAAUGCUGAAAUACAUGUAAAAUUAUUAGUAUGUGUGAAAUUAAAUACCUAAAAAAACUACAAAAGCUAAUGUAAAACUUAACUACCACGAUAUGCGGUCUUAACGAGGCCCAAGCCCAUGAAGGAGGACAGUAAUGGCAAUCUCUCUUUCUCCUUUCUUGAUCCUAUUUCUCUCCGUCUUUGUGUAUCUGAGACAGGCUACCUCUCAUCCCUAUCCCAGCUCUCUACUCAACUAACGGCUUGCAACUUCAACAGAAUACUUAAGCUAAUUCAAUUUUCCUUAAGCUAAUUCAAUUUUCCCUUCCUUUCUGUCUCUAACUAUUUUAAUUACAAAUAGAGGUACAUAAUGCCAUUCAUGGGGUUAAGUGUGCAGUGCGUAUUGGAUUUGGUAGUGGCAGGGAUUUCUUUGAUGAUUGGUUUAGGCAUUUUUGCUUUCAUCGCCUCCAUUCUAUGCUCUGUCGCUUUCUUGUACAACGCCAAGGACAUUCGUUGAUCCUUAUAUAGAGGAGAACAGAAACAUGGAAGCGGGAGCACCGUCUUUUCAGCAGUUUGCAUGAGUAAUUGUUGGAGAAUUAAAAUUUCUCACUGCGCUCAGCAGAGCUUUGUAUCAGAAUUUAGAUUGUAGAAAAUCCUCCAAUGUUCAACAAUAGAAGUAUCCAAAUAAAUUAAACCGUUUCAAUC